AUGGAUGCAUACGCUGAUGCAAGCAAACGCCAGCUCAUUCAAGAAUGGAGGUUCAGCAAAGAUGGUGUCCCUACCUUUACCAUCUCACCCCAUCCGCAGGUUAUGGCUGAACGGGAAUUCCCUCCAGACUUUCUCUGGAUCGAGGCAGUGCCUACAAGGGAAGAGGUCAAAGCUGUAGACAAGACACAAAGUCGCGAACUCUGGUGGCACCAUGUACGACAACAGGCAAUCGACGACCAUAAAUUCUGGUACUGGGUGCAGAAGCUCAUGGGUUGUAAUGUCUGCCUCGUUGAGGCCACAUCCAAGAAAGGGGCAGGAUGGAUCCGAUUCAACCCUGAACCGCAGCAGAACAACGAGGGACGGAACUUGAUGCUCAAUAUUGGGUCUGAAGUUCGUCGACCAGUAGCCCGAGGGGUAUCUGGGCUACGUAACGAAGUGUAG